AUAUUCCAGUGUGCUUUUGGAAAUUCAGUGCAAGAGUUAGUGUUGUGAGGUCUGUAGAAAAAGUCAGUCACCGGAGGACUUCUAUCCCAAAACAUUGGAUAAAAAAGUGUUUUAUUUUAUUGUUUUUUGCAUUUUUCUUAAUUCCUGAAUUGUUCUAGAUACAAUCAUGUCCACAAUUCUUGAUUUAGAUAGUCAUAGGGUGUAUGAUACCAGGGCAUUCUCUAGCACCCCAUCUCCUCUGUCCAAUUCUUCCACCAGUGACGGAAGUGAGGCAACAUACAAUUACCAGGGCAGUCAAGGAAGUAACAUCGGGCAGCUGUCAUACAAUAUGAACCAAAUGCUUCACCUAAACACUGCUCAGCCCCAUCUUGUGAUCAUCCAUGAGCCCAUGGACAAAUUUCGUUUUCGCUAUAAAUCAGAGAUGCAUGGAAGUCAUGGAUCUCUGAUGGCAUCGACUAAGGAUAAAUCCAAGAAACACUAUCCGAGAGUGGAGCUUCGUGGCUAUGAUGGUGAGGCCAUUAUUCGAUGUUCGCUAUAUCAGGAAGACACUGAACGUCCUAUGCCUCAUUCUCACAAACUUGUCGUACGAAAUGGCGAUGAAGAUCGCGAAGAUCCGCAUGAUGUUAUCGUCUCGCCAACCAUUGGCUUCCAUGCGGAAUUUCGCGGCAUGGGAAUCAUACAUACAGCCAAGAAGAAUAUUGCUGAGGAGCUUUUUAAGAAGUUAAAGACAACUGGAGAAGCUGAGCGAGGUGAGGAUCUGACUGCACGCGAAGAAGCUCAGCUUCGAGAGAAGGCCAUAAAAGAGGAAAAGAAUAUGAAUUUGAACACAGUGAGACUCUGCUUCCAGUGCUUUGUGAAGGAUGCAAGUGGCCAAUUGAGGGAACUCUGCAAACCCGUGUACUCUCAGGCCAUCAAUAACAUGAAAAGUGCCUUAACUGGUGAGCUCAAGAUUUCCAGGAUGAGUUGUGCUGUCAGUAGUGUUAAUGGGGGCGAUGACGUUUUUCUAUUUGUGGAAAAAGUUAACAAAAAAAAUAUCAAAGUGCGCUUCUUUAAAGAAGAUGAAUAUGAAAAUGUGGUCUGGCAAGCUUAUGGAAAUUUCACAGAAAUUGAUGUACAUCAUCAGUAUGGAAUUGCUCUCACAACCCCUGAAUAUUACAAGAAAGAUAUCAAAACACAAGUUGAUGUUAGGAUUCAACUUGAGCGUCCAAGUGAUGGAGAAAAGAGCGAAUCUUUGCCUUUUACCUACAAACCUUGCCUGGAAGCCAUGGCACCAAGAAAACGUGCUAGACCAAAUGAAAGUUUUAACUCUUCUGACAUUCCCCUGACUGUGAAUCAAAUGGAUGUGGGACCUCGUAUUAGUGAGGAAUUUAACACGACCGAGCAGUUGAAUGAUAUACUUAAAAAUGCAGAUGAAAAUAUACUUCCAGAAAUUAGUGCGGAAUUUCUAAAGCAUAUUGAGAUGAAUUCAGAUGAAUACAAGGAAAUGAUGGAUUAUGACUCCUCCCACUUGAUUAUGUCAGAUUGGACUCCCACAAGUGGACCCCUUCUCUGCAGGGAUUCUCCAUCAACUGGAGCAUCAUCUAAAGGCCGAAUGGAUGUCUUCACUGAAAAGGUGUCGAACACUUCGUGCAACAAUCUAAAGGAUAAUGAGGCAAUUUACAAGAAAAUUCUUCAACUCGUAUCUACGUAUGGAGCUUCCGUUCCCAUCAAAGUGGAACACAUUGUGAAUCAUCUCCUUACUGAAUCCAAGAAAACAGGAGAAAAUUUGCUCCAUUGGGCUAUUCGAGAGGACGAUGGAAGAGUUAAGAACAUCCUUGAUAUUGUUUACAAAUUCAAUUUAAAUGAAUAUUUGGACACGGUGAAUGAGAAAGGAGAAAAUUGCUUGCAUUUGGCUUGUGUUAUGGAUAAGGCUGAAUACAUUAAGCCACUGAUUAACUUGGGAGCAAAUCCCAAUACCUGGGACUGCAAUGGGAAUACACCUCUUCAUGUUGCUGUUGCUGAAGGUCGUCAGAUGUGCAUUGCAAGAAUUGUUGAUCAAAGUCAUUAUACACCAAAAAGCAAGCCACUGGAUAUCAAUUUGGCCAAUGAUCAGGGGAUGACAGCUCUUCAUCUUGCGGUAAAGAAUCACAAUUUAGAGGCAGUGAAGAGGCUCGUAGAAGCUGGAGCUUCGGUGAAAAUUGCUGAAAGGAAGCACGGCAAUAGUAUUUUGCAUAUUGCCGUUGCUGAACGUGCUGUCGAUAUUGUGAGGUUCCUGUUGCAAAAAACUAAAGUGGAUGUUAAUCAGAUGACUUCGUCAGGGUACACACCUUUGCAUUUGGCGUGUGUUUCCACUGAAACAGCAGAUUCCAAGGAGAUCGUGAGAUUGCUCCUUGAACACAAAGCGGAUCCCAUGAAAGCCAACGACAGUAGAGUUCAUAUUCCACAAGCAUCAGAAAUGAGCACAAAUGUUGAGGAAAUGGAUAUGGAAAGAGCAAGGAAUUCUUUCGAAUUGGCACAAAAUAAGCCGGAAAUCUUGGCUGUUUUGCAACAAUUUAGCAAUUUGGGCAAAGCAGAAAUCAAGAAGGAAAUUGUGGACAUGGAACCUGAAGUAGUUGGAAUCCCUCCGCUAUUUGACGAUAUUUGUUUGAGACAAUUGUGCGAUAUAUUCAAUGCUAAUGAUCUCUGGAAGCAAUUAGCAAUAAUUCUUGAUCAAUCUUCUCGGAUUUCAGUCUUUGAAAAAUCAGCAAAUCCUACGAAGACAUUGUUGAACGUCAUCGUCGAGAUACAGGAUAGCAGUUUGGAGGAUUUAAUGAGCGCUUUUAAGUACCUUAGGGUGGACAAUGCUAUUGCAUGUGUUCAGCAGAUGAUGAUGAGGAAAAAUGUGACGGGUACCACAAUUAAGAUUGAAUAAAUCUUAAAUGAAAGAUUUUUGUUAAAAUUUUUAUGUGUGUAUAUUUUCAACUUUUUUUUUUAAGUUAAUAAAUAGUUUUUAGAGAA